AAGGCAUCACCGGCCGUUAUGCCAACAUAGACGAUGCUAUUCUUCGAGCCAACGGCCAUGAAGCAGCUAUGAGACGACAGUUUAACUGGCUCUCGGCGCUUGGCCUCGGCUUCUCUAUCACCAAUUCAUGGGUUGGCUAUCUUAGCUGUUUCGGCCAAAACCUCAUCUACGGCGGGCCCCAGUCUGCCAUCUUUGGACUGAUUGUGGCCUUUAUAGCACAGUUCAUUGUUACGCUGGGCUUGAGCGAAAUAGCUUCUGCAUUCCCGUCCAGUGGUGGCCAGUACCACUUCUGUUAUAUACUCGCCCCCAAGAAAUCGAAAAGGUUCACUGCGUUCGUGAUCGGCUGGUUGUCAGUCAUCGCAUGGUGGAUUGUCACGUGCUCGGGCGUGUCACUGUUCGCCAUCACUCUUUCUGGUGUCAUUAACUUCUGGGUUCCGGAUUUUGUAGCCUCUCAGUGGCAAGUAUAUCUUAUUUAUGUCGCGACUGGCCUAUCCACAGUGACCCCUGUGAUAUUUGCAUCGAAACAUCUAGCGUGGGUCGUCCAGUUCGCUUUAUGGGCAUCGAUACUCGGAUUUCUUUUGUUUCUCUUUGUAUCAGCAGGCAUGCAUUCCACUGUCAAGGACAGUUCUUUUCUCACUGAUGGCGGCUUUGGCACGAGCGGGUGGAGCUCGAGCACAGCGUGGCUUCUUGGAAUAGCGAAUGCCAUGUAUGCCUUCGGGGCGACUGAUGGUGCGAUUCACAUUAGCGAGGAAAUGGAGCAGCCCGGACGGCGGGUGCCUCAAGUUAUGAUCAUGACUAUGAUUAUUGGCAUGGUUACUUGUUUUCCAUUGAUGGUCGCUCUGUUACUUUUCGUCAAAGAUUUAGAUGCCAUCAUCGCAUCUCCUUUGCCUAGUAUGGAGCUCGUAUAUCAAGCAACCGGCAGCAAGAGCGUCACAAUGUUUCUGGUUGCGGUACUAUUACUGACUUACUUCACUUGCCUCCCUUCUCAGUGGGUCACUGAUGGUAGACUUGCUUGGGCGUUUGCCCGGGAUGUGAGACUCUCCUCCCCUAUCCUCCCCUGCUUUCUGUUUUCCGUGAGGAAUGGCGUACCCUAUCCAGAAUACUUCGCUCAUAUCAAUCCAAAAAUGGAGCUCCCAUUGCGAACUACCAUCGCUGCUUUCAUUUUUUUCACCCUCUAUGGGCUUCUUUACUUAGCAUCCACAACCGCUUUCAACUCGAUUAUUACAUCUGCUGUUUUGUUCCUCAACAUUACAUAUGCAGUUCCUCAGGGCAUUCUCCUAUUUCAGGGCAGAGAAAGAACUCUGCCAACUCGAUAUUUACGACUUGGUUAUCUUGGCUAUUUUUGUAACCUCUUUUCGAUCCUGUCCAUUGUUUUGUUGGGCAUUCUUGUAUGCAUGCCGCCGGCGAUCCCAGUCACCAUACAAUCCAUGAACUACACAAGCGUUGUUAUGGUUGGCUUGUUUUCGAUCGUGAUGAUUUUAUGGUUUGUUCACGGGAAAAGCAGCUUCAACGGACCGAAGAUAGACUGGGAAUUGCUGGAGGCCUCUAAUGCCGCUCUGCUAACC